UAUUCAUCGUGUCGCGCCAGUGUGUGGAGGUGUGCGAGGGUUUUGCCGAGAUGAUGUUUCUCUACGGUACGAACGUUGGCGGAUAGAAGUGAUGCGGAUAUAAGAGAACAUAUUGCAGUUUUUCGAAAAAGAUCAGGAAAAAGAGUUGUUUCUUUCAACGAAUCCGAGAGCAGCCUCUUCAAGGCCACCUUUUUUUAUACUAGAUAUACACAAGGAUAAGGGCAUAUAGUAGAUGUGACUCCAGGCAAACCACUGUGUUUAUUUAGAGAUCUAUCUGCUACUAUCUAUGAUGAUGACCAACCAAGCUCCCACCUCUGCUGAUGCCUGCCUCAGCAUUGUCCAUAGCCUCAUGUGUCACCGUCAGGGUGGGGAGAGUGAAAGCUUUGCUAAAAGAGCCAUCGAAAGCUUGGUGAAAAAGCUGAAAGAAAAGCGCGAUGAACUGGACAGUUUGAUUACUGCUAUUACGACAAAUGGUGCUCAUCCAACAAAGUGCGUUACAAUUCAGCGGACGCUUGAUGGAAGAUUGCAGGUGGCUGGCAGGAAAGGUUUCCCUCAUGUUAUCUACGCCAGGAUUUGGCGCUGGCCAGAUUUGCACAAAAAUGAACUGAAGCAUGCCAAGUUUUGCCAGUUUGCAUUUGAUCUGAAACAGGACAGUGUCUGUGUCAAUCCAUAUCACUAUGAGAGGGUGGUGUCUCCAGGGAUAGAUUUGUCAGGCUUAUCACUACAGUCAAGUAUAACAGCUGCACCUUCACGUCUGAUCAAAGAUGAGUUCUCCCAGGAAUGUGUACAGGUGGAACCAAGUCUGGCUACCCCAGGGACUACUGUGCAGCACCCACCACAGUCCACAGAGACCUACACAAGGCCCAUACUCCACACUCCUCAGGGCACAUCAGGUUCCCCUCAGGGCCAGAGCACCAUUCAGCAUACCACCCAGCAGCCUCCACCUCAGAACAUGCAGCCAAACCAUCCAGCUGGUUACAAUAUUCCACCUACAGUACAGCAGCAGCAGCAGCAACAACAACAACAACCACAGCAACAGCAGCAACCACUGUCACCUCCCCCCAUGUCCCCUCAUCAACAAGCAAUGAAUAAUAUGAACCUUGAAUACAGCAGGGCAUCAAGCAGCACAAUGAGCCACCCCAUGUCUCCCCAACUGGAUACAUUUGGCCAGCUUCCUCAGUCACAGAACCUCAACCAGUUCCAGAGAAGUACCUCCAGCAACUGGCCUGCCAACAAUGCAGCAGCAACCUAUACUCCAGCCUUGCCACAGGAAAACCAGUAUUGGAACCAGACAACUGCUGCCACUAGUCAGAUACAGCACAAUGUCCAGCCUUCCUUACCAGCUCUUACAAGUCAGCCAAUGCCCGAGUUCUGGUGUACCAUAGCCUAUUUUGAGCUGGAUCAGCAGGUGGGUGAAACCUUCAAAGUGUCCAGCAGCUGUAUGACAGUGACAGUGGAUGGUUACACAGACCCUUCCAGUAUUGACAGGUUCUGCCUGGGACAGCUGUCUAAUGUGCACAGAACAGAGGCCAGUGAGAGGGCAAGGUUACAUAUUGGCAAGGGCGUUCAGCUUGACUUACGCGGAGAGGGAGAUGUUUGGAUCAGGUGCCUCAGUGAUCACAGCGUAUUUGUACAGAGUUACUACUUGGACAGGGAGGCAGGCAGGGCGCCAGGAGACGCAGUUCAUAAAAUCUACCCAAGUGCCUACAUAAAGGUGUUUGACAUACGUCAGUGUCACCAUCAGAUGCAGCAACAAGCAGCUACCGCACAGGCAGCAGCAGCAGCACAGGCAGCCGCAGUAGCUGGCAACGUGCCAGGACCUGCCUCUGUGGGGGGCAUAGCGCCAGCCAUCGGUAACGCUUCAGGUCUGUCGGCAGCAGCAGGCAUUGGGGUAGAUGACCUAAGGAGAUUAUGCAUUUUACGGCUUAGCUUUGUGAAAGGCUGGGGACCUGACUACCGCCGCCACAGCAUCAAAGAGACGCCAUGUUGGAUUGAGGUGCAGUUGCAUCGCCCUCUACAGUUGUUGGACGAAGUAUUACAAGCAAUGCCACUUCAUGAUCCAAGACCUCCCAGGAUGCUUCUGGGCUGAGCAAUAGUAUGUAGACUUUGUUUUGAAAUUGAAAAUGGAUACGUGUACAUUAUUUUGCCUAAAUCCAUUUUUGUAUGAAUGGAGUUAUGAUCUGAAGCAGUUCUUAGUAACCAUGACUGGAGAGAUUGUUGGACAUCUUGUAAAUCCCCAUCCAGUUCAGUUCCUUCUCUUGUGUUAUUUACACUUCAAGUAAGGAAAGUCAAGAAGAUACCACAAUGAAAUUUAGUAUGUAAAUAAUGAUGAAUAUAUGCAGUUGGGCAGUGACUGAAGUUGCUGCUGCACUUAUUGUGUAACUAAAGAUAUUUCCACACAUCAGUAACUUCCAUCAUUAGUUGUACAUAAUUCAUUAUCUUAAUGUAGAAAGAUGAAAAAGAAAAGCAUAAGAUGCAAAAAUUUGAAAUUGUGAAGUGACAGGCUCCAGGGAUAGUAUCUGGAAUAAGGGACAUGCUGUGAAUUAGCAUUGUGGAUAUUUGGAUGAAGUACGUGCAUUUUACAAUCUUGGACACAUUUUGACUGUUUCGUUUAGAAUAAGUCAAUAGGACAAUGUAUUUUACUGGACAGUUUGACAGCUUAGAAAAACAAAAAAAAUAAGAAUUGUCAAUAUCAUUAGAGUUUUAUUCAGCAACACUGAUGGGCGAGUAACAACAAACUCUCAACAAGAAAAAUAAGUCUACCGUAAGACCAUUAUGUUGGGUUUAUAUAUAAUUUUAAAAAUUAUGUAUUGACACAGUCUGUAAUUACGGUUUAGAUGAUUUCUAUGAGCCAGUACUGAUCACUCAUUUGCUGCUAAAAAUGUUGCUGAGCAGCUAUGGAAAGAAAAGGAUGCCCACAUGGUGUCAACAUUUGAUGGCUUAAAACAGAAGGAAUUAUGUUGUGAUGUCAAGUGUAAAAUAUGAUUCAAUGAUUAAGUGAGAUACCAACUGCAGCUGGCUCUACUGUUUCUUUGUUUCUGGUGAAUAAGUGUUUCUUGAGAAAUUAUUUUACAGAUCAUGAAAAGAUGUAUUGGGUAACCUACCUCAUCUGUGCUUUAACACCAGAGUGGUGCUUGAAAUGUCUACCAAGAUAGGAUGCUCAAAAAGUCGAUAACAGACAAUACGAAAUCUUGUGUUUUACAGAGGUUAAUUACUUUUGCAUCAAUUUUAUACUUUUUUGCGCAUACAUUUAUAAAUUUGUGACAGAUAUUUGUGUUCAUUACUUUCAGUAUGUUGGUUCAUAUUUCCCCCCUUGUAUUGCAAUUUUUAAAAUGCAUUGUACCUCAGUCAUACCUGGUUAUAACUGUCAAAAAAUUAUAGUGAUCUGUUUACUUGUACUAGUCGUAGAAAAGGCAAAAAUUAUUGAGUUGAUAAUGGAGCUAAAUGACUAGAUUACAAACGUGUCCAUAACUAUACCUAGUUAAAUAUAAUUCUACAUAUUGAUAUUUUUGUUGAAAAACAUGAUUUUACAAUUUUGUCCAACAUUUUUACAUUUAUAUGCAAUUACAUAAAAUUUAAAGUUAGAAUAUAAAUCUAAAGGGCAAAAUUAAGGAAUCGUUUCAUUUUGCAUUUUAUAAUUUUCAGUAAGGUGUAAUUUUCAUGCCAGACGUGAUUCCUUAUUUCUUGGUCGUUACCCCAGUUCAAACUUUAUUUGAUUGUUAUUAUUAUUAUUAUUAUUAUGAUUUUAAUAGUUAAUCUUAUGACAACCAUGUAAGAUUUAUAAAUUUGGUAGCAGUCUAAAUGUGCCCAAAAUAAAGUCGUCUUAAUACAUGCA